AUGACUGGGGUGGGCAGCCGCCGACGCGGGCGUGACGGCUGUGGUGGGGAGACACCGCAAGAGGAGCAGGCGGUGCGUGUGCGGCCACGGACGGAGCACGAUGCCACAGCUGUGCCUCUUUCGCACCCCUUUAAGGCGGAAUUUAAUGAUCACUUUGAGACGUCGAUGGAGGCUCUCCGCGACAUUGCGGUUGUUGUUGACCAGCUGCAGCGGCUGCUGCGGCCGUCCGCUCCUGAGAACUUCGUGGUGUACGAUCCCUACUACUGCGCUGGGACGGUUCUGCAUCACUGGAACGCGCUGGGGGUGCAGCGAGUCAUACACGAGAAUAGGGACUUUUACAGGGACAUUGCGGAGGGGAAGGUGCCGCUUGAUUACGACAUGCUCGUCACAAACCCCCCGUUUAGUGGCGAUCACAUUGAGCGGCUCUUUGACUACCUAGUGACAGCAAAAAAACCUUUUGCUUUUUUGGUGCCCGACUAUACGGCCACGAAGGACUGGUACAGAGCGGCGGUGAGGCGGCACUUUACCGCUGCGCCACCGUCUGGUAAAGGUGACAUCAACGCACCGCGGCAUACCCGACCAAAAGCUUCUGCUGCAGCUCUACAACCGCCCCCCUUUGUCAGGAUGGAUUCACCAGCGGGCGCGGAAAAGCCACUUGAUGACACCAUCAACAAGAUCAAUAAGGAGACGGAUAAGGGCUGCAGUAAGGAAACAGUUCCGAUUGGCACGGAACCAUUUUAUUUGGUUCCGCGCAGCUGUUACGACUUUAGGCACCCAAAAGGGGCAGGAAAUGAGCAUUCGCACUUUCGUUCCAUGUGGUUUGUAUGGGCAGGGCGGCGCACGACGGAGGUGUUACGGGGUGCAAAGGUGGAGUUUGCCCGUAGGCACCGUGAGGCUUUGACGCAGCGGCAGACAGUGCUGGAUGUCGUGCACGGGCUUGACGCACUGGCCGAGGGCCAUUACGUACAGUCCGGGUUGCGGCCUAAUCCCCAACGGCGGGCGAAGCAGCGACGUGGCCGUGGGUGA